AUGCCCGGCUUUGGUCACACUCCAGGUGACCCUCGUCUGCGCUGUGAUAAUACAGAACGAAAUAAUUUUGUGAAUGAAUUGAUCGCUAGAAUAGGCAACGUGGAAAAGGUAGUGAUGAUGGGACACAGCAGAGGAUCUGAGAAUGCUGCUGCCAUAGCUGCCAGUAAUACAGUAAGUUCGUUAACUUCAUUCAAAUAA